AUGGACCUCCGGUUUUUGAAGCGGCCACGGAGCCAGGUCGCGGACGGGGCGCGUGCCCGUGUGAGCAGCUUUCUUGCUGGCAUGUACGAGUCGGUUGCGGAGGUGCUCCCAGAUGUGAAGGACCAGAUCAACGAGUCAGACAAGAUGCUGGCCCUUUCAUCCCACCCCGAGCCGCUUGCAGCUGCAGAGGCGCCUGUGGUGCCUGAUCCUGCGCACCCAGUCAGGCCCGGCAAGAAGAUCCGCAGGCGCAAGCGUUCCCUGGAGCUGCACCCUGAGCGCACCUCCGAAUUUUCUGGCUUUGAGGAGCGGUGGCUGCCGCCUGGUGUUAUGCGGGACUAUUUCGAGCAAAUGAAAGUGCUGGAGGGCAAUGGCAGCGUCAGUUUUACCACUUUCUGGCGGGUGUGGAUCCAGGAGUUUCCUUUCCUAAAGAUCCGACCUGACAACUUGCACGCCCAGUGCAGCCGCUGCAUCCGACACAAAAACUUGAUCAAGGAGUUGUCGUCCCACCUGCUUGCCAGGCAGAGACAGCAGGAGCUCUUCGGCCAGCAUCUUCGAUCUCAGUACCGAGACAGAUUGUGCUACUGGGGGAUGCGCGGAGCGUCGCGCCUUGCCGCAGGGUCGCCCGGAACAACGACAGAGGUUGUUGUCAUUCUUGACGGCAUGGACCAAGCCAAGGCUUCCCUGCCAAGAGGCGCCUGCAUGAAGAGCAAGGACUUGUCCAGCUUUGUUCGGCCGAGGUGCUCGGUCACAGGAGUGCUCUGCCAUGGGCACUUCGUAUUGUUUGCUGUGACCCCGCCCAACUUGGCCAAGGACUCGAACUGCGUGAUCGAGAUCGCAGCUUCAUCCUUGCAACGUCUGGCAGACUCUGGUGCCCUGCGUGGGGCCGCUCUGAGCUGCCUCAGGUCAGGGCACUCUCAUGAGGAUAUUGAUCAAAGCUUUCGAAGCCUGUCCAUGUACCUCACCCGGCAUGCUCGCCGUGUGGAGACGCCCCGCCAGCUUGUCAAGGUGGUUCAGGCGUGGGCUGACCAGGUGCCCAGGCCAUUUGAGAAGGCUCGGUACGCUUGCUUGGUGGAGCAAGUUCGCGAUUGGACCUUGAGCGCAGUGAAAUCAGCGAACGAGGCGGCGAUCCCUGUCAGCAUCAAAGGCAUUGGCGGCCCUGGGGCGCCGCAUGUCUUUGAGCUGCAGAGACGGUGCCACCUGGGCAGUUGCAAGGUGCGGGACGCUUUCUGGGACCUUCCUCAGGCUGGUGAGCACCCUCACGACGUGGUGCUCAGGACGAGGGUUGGUUGA